CGAGUGGAAUCAUUUGGUGGAAGGAUAGCAAGGAGGUGAGACGAGAAGGAAGAAGGCAGUGAAGGGACGGGAUGAGUAGCGCAAGCGGCUCGGAGACAUCGGGAGGAGCCGGCGGGAAGAAGGAGGCGAGUGGUUCGGGGAGUGGUGGGCAACUCCCGUCAUAUCCACGGAAUCCAAUGGCGGGAAGAACAUGCUAUAAGUGCGGCGACCCGGACCACUUCGCAAAUGUGUGCAAAGAGUAUUGGGAAGCGAAGGAGAGUAACAAACCAUUCGUGUCUCCGCCACUAGGGACAGGGCGGAUCGAGCGGACGAUGGCACCGGGCUCUGAGCGGAGGAGCCUCUCAGCGGAUAGCUAUACAGUGCGGAGCGAAUCGGAUGAGAUGAAUAGAUUGAUGAGGGAGUACUUAGCGCGUAAAGAGCAGGUGAGGGUCGAGAAGAUGGAGAAGGAGAAGCGAGAGGAAGCUGAGAGAGAAGCGGAAGCUGCUAGGCAGGAGAAGGCAAGGGGAAAACUGGAAAAAGAAGCAGAAAAGAAGCGAGAGCAGAAGGAACGAGACGAUCAGCUGCUGUAUCUGGUCAGGAUGGAGAUUCAGCGGGAAACAGGAAAGAAGAUCGAGAGUGAGGAAUCGGAAACAAGGAAAUAUGACAGGAAAACGAGAAAACAUGUGAAGACCAACGAGCGUGGGGAGACAAUCGAAAACGAGAAGGAAAGACUCCGUCGAGAGAUUGCUUUUCUAGAAGCUGCGGAAGAGGAGGAGGAGGAGGACAAUGAGCUCCAAUUUUUAAGAUGACGUGCGGCAGGAUUGAGUAUCCACGAG